AUGUGCCUCUGGCCUCCGCUGCUCCUGGACGCGCCCCCCUCCGCCCCGCCCCCGGCCAGUGUGCGGGACUCACCCCUCUGCCCCUCGUAUUUCUCCCGCAGGACAGACAAAUGGGUCCCCCAGGCGCCCCAGAGGCCAAGAGCGGGCAGCCAGGCAGGCUGCAAGUGCGUCCAGGCGGAGUUUGGCGGGCACCUGGGCACCAGGUGGCCGCAGAGCCGCUGCUGGGCUGGCCCAGGGGCUCAGGGUGGCUGGAGGGCCACGUGCACAUGUGUGGACGCGGCUCCGCCCGAGCGCUCGAGGCUGUGCGGGCCCCUGCGGUCCAGCCAGGCCUGCCGCGCCUCCUCCCCGCCGCCCGCCCCGCUGGCACCACGGCCCUCCUCCCGGCCUGACAGUCUAGGAACCGCGCUGGAGGCUGGCACCUCUCUGUGCCUCGCACCUGGCCCUGGAGCCCGGGCCGCGCGGGAGCCAGGCCCGGGGGGACACAGCCCUCCCUACCCGCCCGGCCGCAGGCGGGAGCAUCGGCUAGGAGUGUGGGUGUCACCCUGGUGGCUGUCCCCCAGCCAGCGAACGCCCCGGUGGGGGGCCGGGAUCCCGCCCCCGGGGUCUGAGAGCCCCGUGAGGACUGGGGUCCUGGGGAAGCGGCUGCCGGGGGAACUGGCCGAGUCACAGGGGCCGGCCUUCCUCUUGGGCUCACGACGCUCAUCACGCUCCCGCCCCGUCCAUCCCUCGUUCGCCCCCACACUCCUGCCCCCGCGCACAGCAAGCCUCUCGCCGCACAGCUGUUUCCAGGACGCCUGCAGAGCGCGUGCGCUGGGGGCCGGGCGCAGAGACCUGUCCCCCAACCUGCCAGCACCCAAGACUCAGGGUCCCAGUACAGGUGGAGCCGCAGGGCCCUGGUCCCUCAUCCUGCCCUCGCUGGUCCCCGGGCCCCACGCUUCAGAGAGAUGCAGGGGCGGAGGCCACCUUCAGGGGUCCCCAUGUCCCCCACCCCUGCGGCCCUCGGCACCGCUGCCGUGUGCUGCCCGCUCCCGCACCGUCCCCCCUGGCUCCCACCCCCGCCCACAAACAGCACCCGCGGACUCCGCGAUGGUGCACAUGGUCUACGUGUGCGCUGUCCAACAGGGCGGCUACUGGGCACAAGCACCGCUGGCCCCUCUGCUGGCCCCCUCCCUCGCCCUGACCUCUCACUGUCCCUGUGGCCAGGCUCUGCCCUCCCUUCCCCGCGGUGCUGUCACCCCUCCCUUGGCUGCAGUGCUCUCUCCACGCGCCUACCCCACCCCGCCCGCCCAUCUCGCCAGCCUUGACGCCCUGGACCCCAGACCCACAGGCGCAGCCGCUUCCCCCUCGAAGUGCGCAAGCCUCCUCCGCCACCACGCUCCUCAAACCAAACACCGGCGAGUCGUCUCGAGUCCCCUCUCCCCCCACCCCAAACCCAGUCCCGCAGCAAUAGUGUCCACUCCACCUCCAAACCGGGACCUUCACCUCUCGGCACGCCCGCCGUGGCCACCCUGGGCCAAGCCAUCCCCAUCCCUCGUGGGACAAAGCCCAUCGCUCCCACCUUGGGGCAUCCACGAUCCACUCCCCCGCACAGCCAGAGGGACCUGGAGAGCCUUCACGGGAUCCCGCUGCCCCGCCCACAGCCCUGAUGACAACCAUCCUUUCCUUCCACGGGGAGCAAAACCCAGGAUCGCCACAGGGACCUGCAAGGUCCUGCCCCACCGGCCGCCGCUGCCCGUUCUCACCCCACCUGCCUGCACCCACCCCCUUCCCUGCAGCCACCGGGCCCCAGCACCCCUCUUCCCGCCUGGAGAGCUCUUCCUUCUGCUGUCCGAUCAGAAGAGGCCCCUUCCUCUCCCCCAAAUCCCGGAGCCAGCGGCCUCCCCAUCGGGACUAGUGGAUGGAGCCCCGAGCACAAGUCACUUCCAGAGCCAUCACUUCCUUACCUUCACCGCAGUCCUACAAGCCACCUCUGUCACCGAGAGGACGUACGACGGGGACAGCAUGUGUGAGGCUGGCACCGAGUUCGUUCUGUCACAUCAACUCCAGAGCCCAGGUCGCCGAUAA